AUGCUGGAACAAGGCGAGCUUGAAACGGCCCAUUCCAAGGAGUCGGCCCACACCGUGCAUGGCUGGUUCCCAGGAGAGCAGUCGAUUGAGGCCUACGACGCAUUGCUCGAAGACGAGGAAGCAGAUGUAUCGGCAGACUAUUCAGACUUGUCGUACGAAGAAGAAAAACCUAUCGAGUACACGAGACGCAGUUACUUCCGGUGGCCCCAUGUGGAUGUACGACGCAUCUUCUGGGCCUCGGUGCCAUCGUUCCUGGCCCACGCAUUCGGGCAUGGGGACGAAGAUUCGAUAGUCCCUGAUUCCACCGCAACAUCGUAUCUGAACGGCCUCCGUGGCAUCGCGGCGAUUAUCGUUGUUAUCAUGCACAACACUGAUGAUUUCCCAUUCAUCCAUCGUGGCUGGGGCGAGACCGAGGUCGACCACUACAUCAUACAGCUUCCCUUCUUCCGACUGAUCCACUGUGGAAUCUUCAGCGUCUGCAUCUUCUUCGUCAUUAGCGGCUUUGCACUCACAUAUGGUCCAUUGAAGAAGGCUCACAGUGGACAAGUUGAAACCUCCGUUGGGACCCUUCCAUCAAGCGUUUUCCGCCGCCCGAUCCGACUAUUUCUCCCAGUUGUCCCCGUCAUUUUCGUGACCCUGGCCUUGAAAACAUUCGGACUGUACUAUAAUGUCUACAGCAGGGGUGUCGAGGGGCCUCCAGCCACUGGCAUUUGGGGACACCUCGCCAUGGCUUGGAAGACGCUGAUGAUCAUCGUCACCCAAAGUACUACCGGCUCCAUCCUUCCUCAGGCCUGGACACUCUCGGUCGAGUACAAAGGAUCGCUCCUCGUUUUCCUGUGCUGCUUGGCCCUGGGAAGGGUGUCUCCCCUGGUCCGGCUAUCCGUGGUGAUGACGCUUUUUGUCUGGUUCUGGACCCUCGGCGCAGACGGGAAUAUGUGGCAGCCCUGCCUGUUCCUCUGGGGCAUGAUCCUCGCCGACGUCCGGCACGUGCGGGACAAGCUACCGAACCUGACGGGCUCACUUGACAGAGCUGCUGCGGCUAGCUGGUGGCCGGUCUUUGUGUUCGCGAUCUUCUUGGGCGGGUACCCAAUCAACGGCAACACCUUCGCGGCCACGGGAUACUGGUGGCUCGCCUACAUCCCCGUAUUUGGCCAGGAUCCGGCACGCAGCUUCCCGAGUGUUGCUGCCAUGAUAUUGGUAACCGCCCUGGAAAACCUGCCCCUGUUGCAACGCGGCUUGAACGCGCGUUGGGUGUUGUAUCUGGGUGAGAUCAGCUACGGAGUGUACCUGGUCCACUGGGCUGCUGAGAGGUGCUUCCUCACCAUGGGUCUCAAGUACAAGAUGCUAAACGCCGGGUAUUCUAUUGGGGUCGCUUGGACUCUCACUUUCGUCUUGGGUUUGGUACUCUCCGUAUGGUUCGGAGACGUGCAUUGGAGAAUGGUGGACCAAAAGUCCGUUCGGUUCGCACGCUGGUUGACCAAGACGUUGGGGGUGUAG